CGCAGUGCUAAAGAUUCUUUCUUCUAUCUCUUGUCCGCUAGUCUCAAUCUGUCAGUCUCUGUCAGUCAAGGCCAUCUUGUUUCUGUCAGACUGGUGUCAUUUUCCCGGUUGGCCAAUUGCACCUGUUACGCUUGAUCCCCGGUCUAUCUAUCCCCGCGCGACAUGGAGGGGCAACCGCAAGACACAUUCGUCUCUGGAGAGGAGGAGACGAGGCAGCAGCCGGUUUCAUAUGAGGCUUCGGAGACGUCCGAAACUCCAGAAUCACCUGGAACUCCAGACCAUGUAGCCGAAAAGAGGGAGCAUAUUCGUCGAGCAUGUGCUGCACGCGAUUUGGGUGCAUUGGUCUCGUAUGCUACUUCCGAAGGUGGCUUACUAAACGAUGAACUUCGACGAUCGGCUUGGCCUAUCCUCGUAGGAAGUGAUCGAAUUUCCGGGCGGGAUCAACCCGCGUGGUCGAGCCUGCCACGCCACGUGGACGAGGACCAAGUCAAACUGGAUGUGAAUCGUUCGUUUGUAUACUACCCAAACUGUACGGUUAAAGAAUUGGACGGUAAAAAGGAAGAGUUGUCAGACCUCAUCACGGAGAUUCUGAGGAGAUACCCAAUGCUGUGCUACUUCCAAGGUUAUCACGAUAUCGCUCAAGUCCUGCUCCUGGUUCUUGGUGCGCAGGAUGCUGUUUCAGCUUUUGCUCGCGUAUCACUGUUCCGCAUCCGGGAUUAUAUGCUGCCAUCAUUGUCCCCAGCUCUCAAGCAUCUUCAGUUGAUCCCCGCAAUAUUGGAGAAAGCAGACCCCAAACUGCGCCGUCACCUCUCCGGGACACGGCCCUUUUUCGCGCUGGCAGCUACAUUAACGCUGUAUGCCCAUGAUAUCCAGGAGUACGGAGAUAUCGCUCGACUCUAUGAUUUCCUCCUGGCCCACGAACCUGUUGUGGCAAUCUAUCUCUUCGCAGCCAUCAUCCUUUCGCGCAAGAAAGAGUUGUUCGAAAUUCCGAUUGAUGAGCCGGAGAUGCUUCAUUUCACGCUCUCGAAACUUCCCCAGCCACUAGACUUGGAGGGACUUAUUUCCAGUGCGGUGAAGCUAUUCCAUCAGUAUCCCCCGGAAUCACUUCCCUUCAAGGCUUGGAAGCAGAUCCCACAAUACAGUGUGUUGAAGACGUCGAGAGAUCUUGCCACAGAAGGUACUCCGGAACAAGCAAAGGAGUUGUUCAAUCUGCAAACUCGUGAUAUGAGGAGGGAAGAGCUCAGACAGAAGGCUGUUGGUGUGCUGUGGAAGUACAGGAAACCGGCCGGAUCUGUGGGCCUUGCCAUUCUCAUUGCUGUUAUCUCCUUCUGGAUCCGCCGGAACGGACUCGACAUUACGAUUUGGAACUACAUGGGAAAGUUCAGAGAGGCAUUCCAAGACCUUCGAUGAGCACCUGUAUUAUAAUGCGGCGUUAGGGGCCUCACAUAUAUCGGCUCUAUAAUAUGUGAUUCGUGAGGAUAUACCUACUCUUAGGGACAUAUGGAGCUGGGUGUCUGGUCAUAAAAAUGGUUUCGCGAGAGAUAUUUGGUCUUUGCUUCUAGAUACCGCAGCAUACUAUGUACAUUAUAAUCAAGAAUUACUGUGACUCCAUUUGUGACACGAUAAUGAAAAGUAUUUAAGCA